UUCCCUCAAUGGACAUCGCUAGCACGUGCCCAGAAGCAGAAGCAAGAAGAAGAAGAGCCGGUAUUUGGCCCCUGGCAACAAGCUCCUCCUCCACCACCUCCGCCUCCACCACCACCGCAUUUCCCCUUUGCGGAGAGGCGCGCCAUGUUUGGACCAGAACUACGUCCGACACCCGAGAAGGAGAAUCUGCCUGUCUAUGGUCCACAUCCGAAACCAACACUUGAGGAAGAAGAAUUUCCUGUGUACGGUCCGCAACCACGACCAAAUCCUGAGGAAGAGAAACUUCCUGUGUACGGGCCGCAACCACGUCCGGAUACUGUAGAGGAGAGUCCUGUAUUUGGCCCACAGCCUCGUCCACGACCAAGAAGCAGAUCAGUAGAUCGU